AAGGUCUGUGUCGGGUGAGCUCCUGUCAGUCAGUUGGUUUCCUGUUAUGGCUAAAUUCGAUGGCAACACUCCAGGCAUGUAGUCCCACCGUGAAGGAAUACAUCGUGAGCCGCGGCACACAGUGAAGGAAAUCGGGUUGGAUUACAGGCGCAGAGCUCGCUGCUGAGCGAGCUUUUUUUUUUGAGGCCUGCAGGGCAUCCGCUGACGAACACACACAAUGGAGAAACCAAGCUCUACAGGAUCCGUACGCAAGCAAAGCGUGCGAACCGUGCGAAGAGACACGCGACUGUCUUAUCAACUGGAACGCGAGGAUCUUGCGGGACCGAUGACGAAAAGUGAUACACUUCACUUUGUGACCCUGUUCUUUGCUACAGUCGCUUUGGGGCUAUCCCUCUGCGCUAUGAUCGGGCCAGGCUGGUUCGAAGUUUACGAGAAGAACACUGAAACGACUGACGAGGCGUACAGCACCACAGUCUAUAAGCUGUGGGAUCUGGGCAAGUGCUCAGAGUCGGAGAUUAUUUGCUUUGAUUCCGAAGAGAAAACGUCGACGCUAGAGUUUCAUUUGGGUAUAUGGGUUUUUGUUGUGCAAUUACUCCUCGCGGCUGGCAUAUGUCUGGUGUUUGUCAAUAUAAUCAUGCAGCUACUGAACACAGCGAUGUCACAGCGCAGUCAAGGUAUCCAAAACACGUCCAUGAUCAUCAUAGGGGCCGCAGGUUGCUUCUUCGUCAUGGGCAGUGGAGUGGGCCAGUACCACGCCCUAUGGAAAGGGCCCUUGAGGGACGAUGAAGGCAACUUUAUGGCGGUAGACACGCUGCCCUGCGGUCUCAUCCUGCUGAGCGUCGCGUGUUGCGCUGCAUGCGGUGUUUUCACGCACGUGGCAUCGCACGGUGCUGGCGCCGUAUCACGUGAGACCCGCUUCCUGUACCGCAGGAAAACCUUGGAGGUGUCAGCAAUGAUGCGUCCAUCCACAACUGGGAGAGAGCCUGGUCUGGAUCGGAUCAAGAAUUUGACCUGAGUGGACCGCCUGACCUGUCCAGCGCUGUGUAAAGAUGUGUAAAUCCUCAAGACGUGGCAACACUACGAUAUGGACGAGGAUCGUAAGGGAUGGGUGAUCGUAAGGAAUACCUUGUUCAUCCUACCAGAAAUAUUGGAGGCGACAGAUGUGACAAUUUGUGAAACUGAAAAGAAAAACUUAAAAAAAAGACUUUUUCGUCUUUUAACGGACGCAUACAAAAGCUGUAAUCUAUAAACGGCUAUCGACGUUCUUUCAAUCAACGACGUGCACGAGAUAUAUACUUUUUGAAAAAUUUAUGUCGACAUUAUAUGAUGCUAUUUACUUUGACCUCUUUAUAUAUAAAUCUUUGUUGUCUCUCUC